CAAAAUUCUUAAACCCUGCAACUCAAUGCACAGAUUCUUAAACCCUCACAAAAUCAGCAGUCAUCCAGGUAUCAAUGGCUACCGAUUUCUCGUUUGAACAACCCAGCGAUGAAGAAGUUGAAUAUGAGGAGAAUGAUGACAGUGAAGAAGAAGAACAUGAAGUGGAUGAAGAUAAUGAAGAUGCCGACCCCAAACCUCGAACGAAUAAGAAGCCGCAAUCUCCAUGGGACUUCUCUUCUUACUCUGAAUCCGUUGCUGAUGAACACAGCCACCGUAGAACAACUUCAAUUGAUUUCAAAAUAUCUAAGGCUCGUCAACAACUCUCUGCUCCUAUAGCUAAACCAAUCGAGGAAGAUUCCGAUUCCGACGAUUCAGAACCUCACCGCCAGGAAGAGUACAGACCCGACGAUGAAGAUGGAGAUGAUGACGUAGAUACGCAUGUUGAAAAGAAACCAUUUUUCGCCUCAUCAGAAGGAGUUACAUUUCAUGCAAAUUCGUUUAUUGAGCUCCAUAUCUCUAGGCCGUUGCUUCGGGCUUGUGAAGCAUUGGGUUACAGUAAGCCUACCCCAAUUCAGGCGGCUUGCAUUCCACUGGCUUUAACCGGUCGAGAUAUAUGCGGUAGUGCUAUAACAGGAUCUGGAAAGACAGCUGCCUUUGCCUUACCGACACUCGAGAGACUGUUGUACCGUCCAAAAAAUAGGCCUGCAAUUAGGGUUCUUAUUCUUACUCCAACAAGAGAGUUGGCUGUUCAGGUUCAUAGUAUGAUAGGUAAACUUGCCCAGUUUAUGCCAGAUAUCAGAUGUUGUUUGGUUGUUGGUGGUCUGUCAACCAAGGUGCAAGAGGCAGCCUUGAGAACAAUGCCUGAUAUUGUCGUGGCCACUCCAGGACGUAUGAUAGAUCAUCUACGGAACUCCAUGUCAGUUGAUUUGGAUGAUCUUGCAGUAUUGAUUCUUGAUGAGGCCGAUCGUCUACUGGAGCUGGGUUUCAGUGCUGAAAUUCGUGAGCUGGUUAGAUUGUGUCCGAAGCGGAGACAGACCAUGUUGUUUUCUGCGACAAUGACUGAGGAAGUUGAUGAGCUCAUCAAUCUCUCACUGAAUAAACCUUUGCGCCUGUCAGCUGAUCCAUCUACAAAACGGCCUGCAACAUUGACUGAAGAGGUAGUUAGAAUACGGCGCAUGCGUGAAGGAAAUCAUGAAGCUGUUCUCCUUGCACUGUGCACCAAGACUUUCACUUCCAAAGUGAUUGUUUUCAGUGGUACAAAGCAAGCAGCUCAUCGGUUGAAAAUUAUAUUUGGUUUACUUGGUUUCAAAGCAGCUGAGCUACAUGGAAAUCUUACGCAAGCCCAGCGUCUAGAUGCUUUGGAACUUUUCAGAAGACAGGAAGUGGAUUUUUUGAUUGCAACCGAUGUUGCAGCUCGUGGACUUGACAUUAUUGGUGUUCAAACUGUUAUAAAUUUUGCGUGCCCACGUGAUCUUACUAGUUACGUUCAUCGAGUGGGUCGGACAGCUAGAGCUGGUAGAGAAGGUUAUGCCGUUACAUUUGUCACAGAUAAUGAUAGGUCUCUUCUAAAAGCCAUUGUUAAACGAGCUGGUUCAAGGCUAAAGAGUCGAAUUGUAGCAGAACAAUCUAUAACUAAGUGGGCACAAGUGAUUGAACAACUUGAGGAUCAAGUGUCUGCAGUUAUGCAAGAAGAGAGGGAAGAGAUGGCACUAAGAAAAGCUGAAAUGGAAGCAAAUAAGGCAGAGAAUAUGAUUGCCCACAGGGAUGAGAUUUAUUCACGUCCUAAAAGGACAUGGUUUGUCACAGAAAAGGAGAAAAAGCUAGUCCAAAAGGCAGCAAAGGAGAAUGCAGCAGCCAAAGAAAAUGGUUCUCAGAGUAAGGUAAUGAGUGCCGAACAAGCAGAAGACCUGAAGAUGAAGGAAAAGAGGAAGCGAGAACGAGAGAAAAAUCUGCCGAGGAAGAAAAGAAGGAAGUUGGAGGCUGCUCGAGAGCAAUUAGAAGAUGAAGAUGACUUGGAUGAUGGCAAAGACAAAUCAAAGAAAGAGAAAUCUGGAAUUUCCUUAGUUGAUCUUGCUUAUCGUCGUGCAAAAGCAGUCAAGGCUGUGAACAAGGCAGUUGAUGCUGGCAAGAUUGUUAGGAAGGCCGGAAAUAAACCAAAACCGAAAAGCAGAGCAUCUGAAUCAAGGACAGAAGAAAUGCAGGAUAUUUUUCAAAAUGAUACGAGUGAGAGAAAACAAAGAAAACCACUUCAUGCCGGUGGAAAGAAGAAGUCCUCAUUCAAGAGCAAGUCACGGUACAAGAGGAGGUAAACACUUGCAAAAAACCAUGACAAUCAUCUGGAAAUCAAGUUACUGAAACGAGGUAGACUCAUCAAACAUGACUACCCCAUCGUAACAAAGGAUGGAUUAUGUAAACACUUACUCGAGAUCUCACUUAUCAGAUUCCCCCGUGGAAGACAAUUUAGUCUGAAGAAUUCGCCCCGACUUGUACCAAGACAAGUAGCUUCUUAGAGUGUUGCUGAUAUUGAGCUUGUAGCUUUAUUUUAAGAGUAGGUCCCCAGUUCUUAGUUUCAGUUUUGCAGAGAGUGUAUUUUAUCUCAUUAGUAUUUGUUUUGUUUAAGACUGAGUACUCGAUGCAUCUGUACAUGUAUUCGAUUUUGACAAAUAUUUACGAUAUUGUUGCUAAUAUCUUCACCAAAAUGAAUUCUAAUUUUCUCC